UUAGUCAAUCUUCUGCUUUCGUCAGGGACGGUCGCCUUUAAAUUCUGAAAAUACCUAAAUCAUUUAGAAGCGGUUAUUGUUCCUUUUAUUGUUGUUGUUUCUACCUGACAACAAGAAGUCAAAAGUGGAUAGAAUAAUUUUAUUUAACACGCUUUAUUUUUGAAUUUAUAGUUUAUGUAAGUUGCACGCAUGAUUGACACUUUUACGAAGUGAUUCAUUCAAGUUUUCUCCAAGAUCAUAUGAAGUUGAUAAAAGAAGAACAAUACAAACAAAGUUAUUUACGCAAUUUGAUAAACAAAAUAUAAACACUGCAGAUUAUAGCGUGCUAAUAUAAAGUUAACACCACAACUUAGUGAAGUAAAUAAAAUGUGGGGAUGAAUAAUUGUUAUGAUAGUGAAUAGAAAAGUACAUAAAUGAAAUAAAUACGUGAGAUAAAAAUGAGAUGAUUCUCGUAAAGUCAAGUAAAAAAAACAAAAUAUCUGUAAAUUAGUGAAUAAACAAGAAGUUCGUCAGAAAAUCUCAGAAGGAACAUCUUAUAAAUAAAAAAUACCAACGCGUCCCAUCACUCAUCAUUCAUCGUCAUAAGAAUUUGGCUUUUAGUCAACGCCGGUAACAUGACUGUUUCGUAUACAGCACAAGUUGCGACUUGUCGUGGUUUCGGAUGUUUCCUAAAGUUACUUGGAAGAUGGCGUGGUUCAAUCUACAAGCUGGUGUGGCUUGAUUUGACAUCAUUUCUUUUUCUUUAUUACGUACUUAACAUCACUUACCGUACCGUUCUUAACCCCGACCAAAAGAAAACCUUCGAAGCGAUUGUUAAAUAUUGUGAUGAACAUUCAAACUUGAUCCCAUUAUCGUUUGUUUUGGGUUUUUAUGUGUCGAUUGUUAUGACGCGAUGGUGGAACCAGUACACAAGCAUCCCAUGGCCUGAUCCAAUCGCUGUGUUCGUGUCAGCGACAGUACACGGUCAAGAUGAGAGAGGAAGGGUCAUGAGACGUACAAUUAUGAGAUAUGUUUGUCUAUGUAUCACUAUGGUGCUGGGAAAUCUAUCACCGCGUGUAAAAAAGCGAUUUCCGACGUUGGUUCAUUUCGUCGAGGCUGGUCUGUUGAAUGAUAAUGAAAGGGAAAUUAUUGAAGAUUUGAAUGUUAAAUUUCCAAAACAUUCCAAGCAUUGGCUUCCAAUUGUAUGGGCGACAAGUAUUGUAACAAGAGCCAGAAAAGAAGGAAGAAUUCGUGAUGAUUUUGCAGUGAAAACAAUCCUUGAUGAGUUGAAUAAGUUCAGAGGACAAUGUGGUGUACUUUCUAGUUACGACACCAUUUCGAUUCCUCUUGUUUACACUCAAGUAGUCACUAUUGCUGUUUACUCGUAUUUCAUUACGGGUUUAAUGGGACAACAAUGGAUUGAAGAUAAAGGAAAAGACAAUGGAUACAGUAAUCGUGUCGAUCUAUAUUUUCCCAUUUUUAGUUUACUUCAAUUUUUCUUCUACAUGGGAUGGUUGAAAGUCGCUGAACAGUUGAUAAAUCCAUUUGGUGAAGAUGAUGAUGACUUUGAAGUGAAUUGGAUGGUUGACAGGAAUCUUCAAGUUUCUUAUCUGAUUGUUGAUGAGAUGCAUCAUGACCAUCCUGAACUUCUUAAGGAUCAAUAUUGGGAUUCGGUGUUAACAACGGAGCUUCCUUACACUGUUGCAUCGAUGAAUAAUCGUGAAGAACCGCCAGCACCUUCAACUGCCAACAUUGCCGUGAAGCCAGACAAAGCUGAGAUUAUUCCGAUGGCUCCUUCAACUGUCAAAAUUGAUGAAAUGGUCGGUAAAAAUGUCACUAAUUAUGAAUUCCCUGUCAAUGAUGGCGACAAGGAUCAAGAAGACAAUGCUAGUGGAAUUCAUUUCACUGCUGCUGGUCGAAAAAGAAAUGCAAGUCAAUCGUCAGCGAAUUCAAUGCAUUCAGUGGCUGGUACAAUGAGUCGUGUUAAUACAGUCACUUCACUUCUUAAGAGAUUCCUUAGUAAAGAUGACAGUAAAAAUGAAAAUAAAUCGGGAAUGGCAGCGACAAAUCCCGAAACGGGCCUAAGACUUGGAACGUCAGCAAGUUCUUCGAGUAUUGGAGGAAAAACUCCAGCAACUGUUGGGUCGAUGAAAAUUACUGACCAAGUCAUUGAAGAAGUAGAUGAACAGUUGACGAUCACUUCAAUGCGUAAUAAAGAAGAUCCUCGGCCAACAGCACAAAGUAUUUUCUCAAAACAUACGCCAAGUGAUCCCGUAGAUGUACCAGGUCGUGUUCCUCCACCUUACCAACGUUUCGUCUCAGCUCAGGUACAUGAUGAUGAUAAUAGUGGAAUAUUCCCUCCUGGAGGCGUUGACGAUCUUUUAAGUUCAUCUGCUCCAACCGGGAAAUUCCCACAAAGCAGUUCUCAUCAAGCAGACACUAUGAGUGAAUUUGAUCCGAAAAAGUUCGGAAGUCAAGAAUCGCAGAAAACUAUAAACGAUGAAGAACUUGACAGUGAACUCAAACCCGGUGAUGACUUCGAAAAGCUUCGUCAGGAACGUGAAGCUGCAAGAAUAGCACGACAUAAAGAGAAAGUCGCAAGAAGUAUUUCAGCACAACAAGUCGCAAGCACUGGCAACUUCAGCUUUCUCAAGCUCCUUCUAAGAUGGCAUGGAUCAGUUUAUAAGCUUUUGUGGCGAGAGUUGAUGGUUUUUGUGUUGUUUUACUACACACUGCUUUCCAUGUACUUUUUCGUGCUCAAUGAACAGCAGCAGAAAAUUUUCGAAGCUGUUGUCAAAUAUUCAUCAAAAUUUGUUGAUUUCUUUCCGAUACAUUUCGUCGUAGGAUUUUUUGUACAAAAUGUCUUAGUUCGAUGGUGGAGUCAAUAUCAAAGUAUUCCUUCUCCGACAAGUAUCGCUGUUUACGUCUCAACAACGAUUCACGGAUAUGACGAAGUCGGAAGGGCAUUUCGAAGAACAAUCAUGCGAUAUGUUUGCUUAAGUUUAACGAUGAUUUUAAGAAUUCUUUCACCUCGUAUUAGAAAGCGAUUUCCAAAGAUGAUUGAUUUGGUCGAUGCGGGACUUUUAUUUGAAAAUGAGUUGGAAAUUAUUGAAAAAUUGGAUAGAAAGUUUCCUGGAUAUAGUAAAAACUUCGUGCCGAUUGUUUGGUCGGCAACACUCGUUACUCGAGCUCGUCUCGAAGGGAGAAUUCAUGAUGAUUUCGCUGUUAAAACUCUCAUUAAAUCACUGAAUGCAUUUCGUGCUUCAUGCUCAAAUCUAAUGAGUUAUAAUACGAUUUCGAUUCCACUCAUCUACACUCAGGUUGUUACCAUUGCUGUCUACAGUUACUUUCUCCUAGUCGUUAUUUCACAGCAAUAUGUAAAUCCCAAAAUGGAAGCAGACGUGCUUAACAUUGACUACAUUCCAUUCCUUAUCAUGUUGCAAUUCAUCUUCUUUAUGGGAUGGUUGAAAGUUGCUGAAACUCUCAUGAAUCCGUUUGGUGAAGAUGAUGAUGACUUUGAAGUUAAUAGCAUGGUUGAUAGGAACAUUCAAAUGUCAUAUUUAAUAGUUGAUGACAUGCAUAAUGAACAUCCUGAAUUACUCAAAGAUCAAUAUUGGCAUGCAAUUGUUCCUGAAAUGUUGCCUGAUAAAUUUAAAGAUGAAACAGGAGAAGAAAAAGUUAUAAUUGAUCAAGAUAUUGUAGAUUUUGAAGUUGUUAAUCGAAAAAGUGGCAUUUUAAGAAGGAGAUCAAACGAUGUAAGGAAAAGCAAUGACCAGAUCCACUUCAAACAUGAUGAUGAUGUGGAAGUUGGAAGAAUUUUAAGAAGAACAAAAUCAAUGCAUGGAGCUGGUUUAAUUCCACGUGCUUCACUUGUAACAGGAAAAUUCAACACUCCUGAACUUCUGAAAGAACAGAAACUCAUCGAAGAAGAAAUGGAAAAGGUUCGAAGAUUUUCCCUAAACCCAGAAAAUCUUGAUAGAAAUAUUUAA